GCAGUAGAGAGUGGGGCUGGGUCUGACUGCUGCUCUGAGCAGGAAAAGCCUCAGUCUGACUUCAUGGUGCAGCGAUAACCUGGACUCCUAUCUUGCCUAUUCUUCCCUUUAUUUUGCACAUAGGAACGGCUAAUGUCUUUGGCACGAUGAGCUUUGUGCCUUGUAGGACUGUGCUGUUUCUGGCUUUAUCUGUGGCUUUUUUGCAGUUCGUGAAAUGCCAGGAGGACAAUGAGGACGAGCUGAGCUGCUCAGAGAAUGGGCAGGUGUACUCAAACAAGGACAUCUGGAAACCUGAGCCAUGCAAGAUCUGUGUUUGUGACAGCGGGACCAUCUUGUGCGACGAGGUGCAAUGUAAUGAAGUGUCUUACUGUGAAAAGGUGGUGAUUCCAGAUGGAGACUGCUGUCCUGUUUGCCAGAGUGGGGAACCAGAAGCCGGCAAUACCAGACCAGGUGGAAGAAUUGUCAGGGGUCAAAAAGGAGAACCCGGAGAUGUCCCAACAAUUACUGGAAUAAGAGGUCGUCAUGGUCCGAUGGGACCUCCAGGAGCGCCAGGUUUUAGAGGAGACAGCGGACCCAAGGGUCGAGCUGGUCUGAAAGGUCCCCCAGGAUUUGACGGGGAGCCUGGUGUUCCUGGACAUCCGGGAGACCCCGGACCACAAGGGCAUUCCUCAGGAGGCCAGUUUGCCUCACAUAUGGCUGGAGGAUUUGAUGACAAAACAGGAGCCCAACAUAUCAUGAUGCCUGGAACUCGUGGGGAGGGAGGAGCAAGAGGACCCCCUGGACCAAAUGGAGCACCAGGGGCAGCAGGACCUCAGGGACCUCAUGGGGAUGUAGGUGAUCCAGGGCCAAUGGGUGCCUCUGGCCCAAGGGGUCCGGAGGGUCCUAUAGGGAAACCCGGUGAGGAUGGGGAAACUGGAACUCCGGGGGGUGCUGGAGAUAUUGGAUUUCCUGGGUCUGCGGGAUCAAGAGGGUUUCCAGGGACACCGGGACCUCCAGGCUUAAAGGGCCACAGAGGAUACCAAGGUACAGCUGGUCUUAAAGGUGAACGUGGAGCUUUGGGAUCAAAGGGUGAAUCUGGCGGGCCUGGUGCAAUGGGUGCCCUUGGACCUAUGGGUCCCAGGGGAAUGUCAGGAGAGCGAGGACGUCCAGGGGCGGCUGGGACACCGGGUACACGUGGUUCACAAGGCAAUGUUGGCAAACCAGGUCCAAUGGGUCCUUUGGGACUAAGUGGUGCUUCAGGGUAUCCUGGAGGUCCUGGUAUGAAGGGUCAACCAGGACCCACUGGUGUGAGGGGGCCGGAGGGACCACAGGGACAAAGAGGAGAAACAGGACAUCAAGGAAGACCUGGACCAACUGGCAACAGCGGGACAAUGGGCACUGAUGGUGGUCCCGGUUCCAAAGGUCCAGUGGGAAAUGCUGGUCCUCAGGGUCCUGUUGGUCUGCUUGGUCCACCUGGCCCACCAGGACCUCAGGGAAGCACUGGACAGCCUGGGAUCAAAGGUCAAGGGGGAGAUGUUGGUGUUCCUGGAUUUAAAGGGGAGUUUGGCCCUAAAGGAGAACUUGGUCCAUCAGGAGCACAAGGUGUGCUUGGACCUCAGGGAGAGGAGGGCAAACGUGGACAAAGAGGAGAUCCUGGUUCCAUUGGCCCACAGGGACCUGUUGGUGAGAGAGGGGCUCCUGGAAACCGUGGUUUCCCUGGUCAGGACGGCUUACAGGGUCCGAAGGGUGCACAAGGUGACCGUGGAAUAACAGGAACUUCUGGACCAAAAGGAUCCUCUGGAGAUCCAGGAAGAACAGGGGAACCUGGUCUACCAGGGGCAAGGGGUUUGACAGGAACACCUGGAGUGCAGGGGGCCGAAGGAAAGCCAGGACCACUGGGUCCUCCAGGUGAGGACGGGCGUCCAGGGCCUGCAGGGUCAACUGGAACAAGAGGACCAGCAGGACAGAUGGGAAUAAUUGGUCCCAAGGGUUUUAGUGGAGAUGCAGGGAAGGCUGGCGAACAGGGAUCUGCAGGAGUAUCUGGACAGAGGGGUCCUCCUGGUAAAGACGGAGAAGUAGGUCCGGCUGGACCACCGGGUCCACAUGGUCUUGCAGGUGACAGAGGUGAACAAGGACCUCCUGGAAUGCACGGUUUCCAGGGUUUGCCAGGACCAGCAGGUGCUCCAGGAGAGGGAGGAAAACCUGGCGAUCAGGGCAUACCUGGAGAAGGUGGCCCUGUAGGCCAAACUGGACCAAGGGGUGAACGUGGAAUUCCUGGAGAAAGAGGAGAGCUUGGGCCUAAUGGUCUGCCUGGAGCCAAAGGUAUUCCAGGAGCAUCUGGUCCAGAUGGCCCGAAGGGCAGCCCAGGACCUCCGGGUACUGUGGGUGAUCUAGGCCCUCCUGGUCUACAGGGUAUGCCAGGAGAAAGAGGGAUCUCUGGGCCACCUGGUCCAAAAGGAGACAGAGGAGCUGUGGGUGAGAAAGGAUCAGAGGGCACUCCAGGAAGUGAUGGUGCAAGGGGUUUAACAGGCCCAAUUGGCCCUGCAGGACCCCCUGGUCCAAGUGGUGAAAAGGGAGAACCAGGUCCUAAGGGACCACCUGGACCUCAAGGAUCAAGAGCAAUGCCAGGAUCCCGUGGUGAACCUGGGCCGAUUGGCGCCGUGGGCUUUCCUGGACCAAUUGGUCCAGAUGGUCAGCCUGGUGUGAAAGGACCACCAGGAGAGCCUGGACAAAAGGGUGAUGCUGGAUCUCCUGGCCCUCAAGGGUUAUCUGGUCCUCCAGGGUCACAGGGUAAAUUUGGUGUGGCUGGACCAAAGGGAGGAAGAGGAACACAAGGGGCACCUGGCCCAACGGGUUUCCCUGGAUCACCUGGAAGAGUUGGCCCACCUGGUCCAACAGGCCCUAUUGGUGAGUCAGGUCCAAUUGGUCUCCCAGGAAAAGAAGGUCCACGCGGUCUUAGAGGAGAUCACGGACCACCCGGGCGUCAGGGAGAGAGAGGUCAACCUGGUCCUGGUGGAAGCCCUGGAGACAAAGGAGAUUCUGGAGAAGAUGGACCAACAGGCCCUGACGGUCCACCAGGACCUUCUGGGACAACAGGGCAGAGGGGUAUUGUAGGCCUUUCUGGUCAAAGAGGUGAACGUGGAAUGCCGGGACUUCAUGGACCAGCAGGUCCUCCUGGAAAACAGGGCACAUCAGGAGCUUCAGGAGACAAAGGACCUCCUGGCCCAGUUGGGGUGCCUGGAGCUAACGGACCCCGUGGUGAUCCUGGACCUGAUGGACCUGCUGGAUCUGAUGGCCCACCAGGAAAAGAAGGUGUCAUAGGAGAACGGGGCGAUCGUGGAGAUCCAGGUCAAGAGGGUUUGAUUGGAUCUCGGGGACUAACCGGACCUCUUGGUCCUGUUGGUGCUACCGGUGGUGGAGGAAAACGAGGAGAGCCUGGUUCAAGGGGACCUUCAGGACCCCCGGGUCCUGCUGGAAAGCGAGGACUCACAGGACCACAAGGACCAAGAGGUGAUAAGGGAGAUUUGGGUGACCAUGGAGAAAGAGGACAGAAGGGUCAUAGAGGAUUUGCAGGUUUACAGGGUCUUCCCGGACCACCUGGCACAACUGGUGAACAGGGAGCUCCUGGCAUUAUUGGUCCAAGUGGACAAAGGGGACCUCCUGGGCCCUUUGGACCACCAGGAAAGGAAGGGAACAUUGGAGUAGAUGGACCUAUGGGACCUCCUGGUUCAAGAGGAUCCAGUGGUGACAUAGGACCACAGGGACCUCCUGGAGAUUCUGGCCCUCCUGGCCCACCUGGACCUUCUGGUCCUCCCGUUGCAGCUAUGGAAGACCUCUUUGGUGGGCCUCAAGAUUAUGAUGCUGGUCUUCCACCCCCAGAGUUCAGUGAGGAUGAAGCUCUUCCCCAAAGUAACUCAACUAGCGUGUUUCAGGCUGACCCUGGAGUUCAAGCGACUUUGAAGGCUCUGAGCAGCCAGAUUGACAGUAUGAAGAGCCCUGAUGGUAGCAAGAAACAUCCUGCUAGAACUUGCGAGGACUUGAAACAAUGCUACGCUGACAAGAAGAGUGGUGAAUACUGGGUGGAUCCAAACCAGGGCAGUGCAGAGGAUGCCAUUAAAGUACACUGCAAUAUGGAUACAGGCGAGACAUGCAUCACUGCCAUUCCAUCCAGCAUCCCUCGAAAAACAUGGUGGAGCUCCCCGGGAAGCAAACCAGUGUGGUUUGGAGCCAACAUGAAUGGUGGAACCUAUUUCACGUACGGGAACAAAGACCAGCCAGCCAACACAGUCACAGUUCAGAUGACUUUCAUUCGUCUGCUCUCUAAAGAAGCCUCACAAACCAUCACUUACCACUGCAAGAACACUGUGGGCUACAAGGAUGAAUCAACUGGAAACCUCAAGAAGGCAGUGAUUCUCAAAGGUUCAAAUGAUGUCGAACUUAAAGCUGAGGGAAAUAACCGCUUUAGAUACACUGUGGUUGAAGACAGCUGCUCGCAAGCGAAUGGUAAGUGGGGCAAGACAGUUUUUGAAUAUAGGACCCAGAAAACAGCACGAUUACCUAUUGUGGAUAUUGCACCUUUGGACAUUGGCGGUUCAAAUCAGGAGUUUGGAAUUGAUGUCGGGCCUGUAUGCUUCUUAUAAAUCAAGGAGUUGAGAUGCAAAAUCCUCAGACUUUUAAAGUGACUGCUGACAAGAUCAGCCUUGUACAUACAGAACAUUGGACUUUUCUGGCCCUGUAGCAAGAUAUUUAUUGUGCCUUCCAAGAAAACAACACUUCAACACGGUUAAUACAGAUUGAUCCCUUGAAAUAGGAAAUUCAUUUUAAAAGAUUUUCUUUGGAUACAAGACUAUCUAUCAACUGCUGUUUCAAAUUGUGAUGGCCAUUGCUUCAAAGUAAAAGUAAUGAUGCUUCGCACUGUACCAACACUAGUUGUUAUUAAAAAUAUAUAUUUUAA